AUGCGUAGGGAGAUGGCCCUAUAUAUGGCAGAACUACGAGAGUAUCGUCAAGAAAUGUCGGAAUGGCGAUCUGAUGUGCACAAGAGACUCGACAGCCUGGAACGCAGAAUUGAAUUGGUAGAGCAGCGGCAGGAGAAUCCACCGUCCUCGCCUAAAGUAGCUGAACUGGAGAUGGUUGUCUCGCAGCUCAAGUCCGAGCUCAACGACAGAGACCAGGAGGCUUUGCUGACAGACUUAGACGUGGGAAACCUGCCCGAGACAACCGGCGAGAACACCGUGCACACGGUCACCGUGCUGGCCACAAAAUUAGGCGUGCAACUGAGUAGUGCCGACAUCGUAUUCGCCGAGCGGGUCGGCGCAGUAGAGCGGUCCCCGACGGGUGACGUCACCGCGGCGGAGGAGCGGCGUGCGCGGCGCAUCGUGGUGCGGCUGGCGCGUCGCGACCUACGCGACGAGCUGCUACAAGCCGCCCGUGUGCGCCGCACGCUCAGCAGCACCGACCUGGGCGCGCCCGGGGCGCCACGCCGCGUGUAUGUCAACGAGCGGCUGACGCGCGCUAACCGCGCGUUGUUUCACCAGGCUCGCGAGGAGUGUCGACGGCUGCAGUGGCGGUACUCGUGGACAAAACGGGGUCGCAUCUUCGUGCGCCUAGCUGACGGGAAGCCGGUACAUGCAAUUCGAACCGAGGCGGACUUGACUCGUGUUUUUAAUUCAGCUAACGUUGGCUAA